AAGGGACCCGCCUCUGCCUGCCCUUUCCUCUGAGGCUGACCACGAGAAAGCCAAGCCGGAGGAAGCGCUGAGCAGUCAGCAGACGGUGUCCUAAGUAAGCAGACGGACUUUCUGAGACCGCUUGGGACUGUGGACCCCUGCACUUUGGGGCCAUCAGUCCAAAGAGGGAGAAGUGUUGAUUCAUGGGAAAAUAUGAAUUUUUGCUCUGCACCUUCUACGGUCUGAGACCUGGGAUUCCAAUAUCUGCUCCGUCAUUAGCGGCAGGGAGAUGUUGGUUCACGGAGGACCUUGAUCUUCGUAGAGCUCACUGGUAUAGUAUAUCCUAAGGACACAUAACUGCCUGGAAAGGAGCAGCUGCUUAAUAAAUAUUUGUCGAAUAAAUAAAUGGUGAGCAUCUCAUAAACACAAACUGUUAUCUUCUUCCUGUUCAAUGAGUAGGCAGGCAGGGCAGGAGUGUGAAUAAGGUUUCCUUACCAAGAGGAGGAGGUAAUUGGGCUUCUGAGAGACUUUUUCCUUGGGGGAAAAAAAGAGGAAAAAUAAUAUUCUUGACACUGGGCCCCAGGGACCAGAACAGGGGAAGGUGAGGCAGCUAUGAAGUUGCAGAGACAGAAGGUGGUGAUUUUCAGACCCAGUGAACUGGGAGGCUUAAGUUCUACUUAAAUAGUAAUGAUUCGUUGUCCCAAAUGCUUGUUGCAGAAACAAAUGUUUACAUUUUAUUGCAACCUAAACACCAUCCAGGGAAAUGCUGCUUGUGUGUGGAACUCUACUGUUUUGAAUUUCCUCAAGGUAUACAGAAUAAAGUCAGGAGAAAAAGAAGAAGGAUCUGAGAUCUGAUCUAUUCAGAUUUAACUAACUGGGUUCAGGCCUCUGCCAUACAUCUCAUUCCUUUCUCAGCAGAUCCCUCUGAGAAGGAAGUGUUACCAUUUCCUUGUUACAGCUGAGGAAACUGAGGGACGGCGCCAAAGACAGAGCCUGACACAAUACAUGCUCAAUAUAUUGGAUUGAAUUGGAGGGAAAACGUUCAAUGGCGCACCCCCAUCCCCGCCCCAGAUGCAGCGAGGCUCCCUCCGCCUUCAGCCCGCCAGAGUCGCACUAGGAGUUACAGCGGCCGCAGCCCCGGGACCUUCCCGCUCACGGAGACCCAGACGGCUGCAGGAGCCCAGGCAACCUCGGGGUUGACGGCACCAUGAACGUCUCGGGCUGCCCAGGAGCCGGGAACGCGAGCCAGGUGGGCGGCGGGGGCGGCUGGCACCCCGAGGCGGUCAUCGUGCCCCUGCUCUUCGCGCUCAUCUUCCUCGUGGGCACCGUGGGCAACACGCUGGUGCUGGCGGUGCUGCUGCGCGGCGGCCAGGCGGUCAGCACCACCAACCUGUUCAUUCUCAACCUGGGCGUGGCCGACCUGUGUUUCAUCCUGUGCUGCGUGCCCUUCCAGGCCACCAUCUACACGCUGGACGGCUGGGUGUUCGGCUCGCUGCUGUGCAAGGCUGUGCACUUCCUCAUCUUCCUCACCAUGCACGCCAGCAGCUUCACGCUGGCCGCCGUCUCGCUGGACAGGUAUCUGGCCAUCCGCUACCCGCUGCACUCCCGCGAACUGCGCACGCCUCGAAACGCGCUGGCAGCGAUCGCGCUCAUCUGGGGGCUGUCGCUGCUCUUCUCUGGGCCCUACCUGAGUUACUACCGCCAGUCGCAGCUGGCCAACCUGACCGUGUGCCAUCCCGCGUGGAGCGCCCCUCGCCGCCGCGCCAUGGACCUCUGCACCUUCGUCUUCAGCUACCUGCUUCCGGUGCUGGUUCUCGGCCUGACCUACGCGCGCACCCUGCGCUACCUCUGGCGCGCCGUCGACCCGGUGGCCGCGGGCUCGGGUGCCCGGCGCGCCAAGCGCAAGGUGACACGCAUGAUCCUUAUCGUGGCCGCGCUCUUCUGCCUCUGCUGGAUGCCCCACCACGCGCUCAUCCUCUGCGUGUGGUUCGGCCAUUUCCCGCUCACGCGCGCCACUUACGCGCUUCGCAUCCUCUCGCACCUGGUCUCCUACGCCAACUCCUGCGUGAACCCCAUCGUUUACGCGCUGGUCUCCAAACACUUCCGCAAAGGCUUCCGCAAGAUCUGCGCGGGCCUGCUGGGCCGUGCCCCACGCCGAGCCUCGGGCCGCGUGUGCGCUGCCGCGCCGGGUACCCACAGUGGCAGCGUGCUGGAGCGCGAGUCCACCGACCUGUCGCACGUGAGCGAGGCGGCAGAGGCCCUUCAUCCCUGCCCCAGCGCUUCCCAGCCGUGCGCGCACCCUCGAGCCUGGUCCCGGCCCCGUCUUGGCGGGGCCCAAAGGCAGGCAACAGCAUCCUGACAGUUGAUGUGACCUGAAAGCACUUAGCGGGCACGCUUGGAUGUUACAGAGUUGGAGUCAUUGUUGGGGGACUGUGGGGAGAGCUUUGCCUGUUAAUAAAACGCACAAACCAUUUCACAUGCAG